AUGGAGUCUUGCGUCGCUGAAUUGAAGGUAAUAUUACUCGCGUUGGUUGCCGCCGCUGGUGCCGAGCCGCAGUACAACUCAUUCAAUCCAUUCCCACCGCCACCGGGACCGCCGCUGCAACCUGGUUACAAUUACCCACAACCGCAAUUUCAGCAACAAGCUGGCAACUACCAACAAUCGCAAAGGUUGCAGCUUGGUUACAACUAUUUUCAGCCACGACCACAAAUAAUACCGCAACCUCAAUUCGGCUACAACCACCAGCAGCCUCAGUUACUUCCCCAAUCAAUUCCACAACAAGCGUACAACUUUCCUUCGCAAGCUCGAUAUCAAGGACAAAAUGGUUACAAUUAUCCACUUCCACAACAGCUUGGUUAUAACUAUCCUCAACCACAACCACAGCCUCAACCAUUGCCCCAACCACAACCACAGCCUCAACCGUUGCCCCAACCACAACCUCAACCUGUGAAUCCACCUAUCGAUGUAAGAGCAUCACCUCUUAGUCAGGUUACACCAACUGCACAAACCACCACCGUCACGCAACCACAACCUACCACCCAACCGCAGUUGCAAUCAUCUCCGCAGCCGCAACCACUUUUCCUUUCGCAACCUCAAUCAACUGUGGAACAAGACACACAAUCUUCACCAAAUCCUAUAUCUACACUACAACCAGACCUAUCAUUGCUGCAACAAGUUUUUAUAUCUCCACCGCUGUCAACUUUCCAACCAGAGCUGCAGUCAUCAACAAAAUCUCAACCUACUAGUAUUCCCCAAACUAGUUCUUCAUUUAGUCCUCUAUCAUCACCUCAACCUACUCCUACUGUAUUAAUACCUCAACGAAAAACAUCACCGCAACCUUCUCCAAAACCAUCACCGAAGCCAUCACCACAACCUCUAUCAAUUUCUGAACCCAUUCCAACGUAUGGACCACCUCAACCGCAAUCGUCCCCACAACCUUCUCCACAACCGUCCCCACAACCUUCUCCACAACCAUCCCCACAACCGUCCCCACAAACAUCCGCACAACCCCAGCCUGCCCCACUAGCGAUACCAACUCCGGUACCACUACCUAGAUCAUCCUACGGCCCACCACAAAUACAACCAACACCGCAAUCCAUACCCCAACAACCAAUAUCCCUACAGCGAACUCAACAGCAACAAAUUUCUCAACAGCAAACUCAACAGCAACAAAUUUCUCAACAGCAAACUCAAUUGCAACAAAUUCCUCAGCAGCAAACUCAACUGCAACAAAUUCCUCAACAGCAAACUCAACUGCAACAAUUCCCCCAACAGAUACCCCAACCACAAUUUACAACACAACCUCGUGCAGCUUUCGGAAUACCUCCUGUUCGUAACCUUUCUCCUGUAAUUCUGCAGCAACCAAUAUAUCAACCAGAUAUUCAAAUUCAACAAAACCGAUAUUUUAAAAAUCAACAAAACCAAUUUUCGUCACAACAAUCUCAACAACAGUUCAACACACAAUUUUCAUCACAACCAGUACAAUCAAUUCCUCUGAUAUCAAGUUACCAGGCCGACUCUAAUCAAUAUAAUUCUCAAGGUCAGUUAAAUGGACCACUUGAUGAAACUGUCAUCACUCGAGUACAGAAUAUAAUUAGAGACAAUGAACGAUCUCAAAAUUCAGGAUACCCAUCCUCUGUCUCAAGAGUCUCUUGGAGUAAUGCUCAACCAAGCCAAGAAAUCUUGUCGUUUGUCCAAAAUUCCCCUAUAGAAAGUCUAUCUAGAGGACAGAAUUUACAACAGUUAUCACAAGGUUUGGCUUCAAGUUCUAGUUCAUCAUUUCAAGGUCAGACGAUAGGAUCUAGUAGCAAUAAUGGUUUCCUACAACAAACAUUGCCAUCUACCUCGUAUGGUGUACCUAAUUUAGCUUCAAGUUCUAGUUCAUCAUUUCAAAGUAGUCAGUCGGUAGGUUCUAAUAGUAAUAAUGCUUUCUUACGACAAUCGCUGCCAUCUACCUCGUAUGGUGUACCUUAUUAAAAUAAUGAUUAUGUUGCCAUAUCUAUUGUACAUAAAUGUUUUAAGUUUUGU